AUAUGCAUUUUGGAGCUUCAAAAUUUUGGUACCCAUUCACUUGAGCAGUGAGGACUUACAGAGCUGAGAAAUUAUUCUAAAAAUCUUUGUUUGUGUUCUACAGAAGAAAGAAAGUCAUACACAGCUGGGAUGGCAUGAAGAUGAGUAAAUGAUAAGAGUAAUUUUUAGAAAUUCCAUAUUAAGUUAAUAAAUAUUAACUUAAUAUUGACAGUAGCUGUAUGUGCACUAUCCUGCAGGUGGCGUUGUCUGUGGCAGCAGAAUUCUGGGAACAGGGUGAUCUGGAGAGAACAGUGUUGGAGCAGCAGCCCAUUCCCAUGAUGGACCGGAACAAAGCAGAUGAACUUCCCAAACUGCAGUGUGGUUUUAUUGAUUUUGUCUGUGCUUUUGUGUACAAGGAGUUCUCUCGCUUCCAUGUGGAGAUCACACCCAUGUUAGAUCGUCUUCUGAACAACAGGAAGGAGUGGAACGCUCUCAAAGAAGUAUAUGAAGCCAAGAUGGCCAAACUUGAAGAGGCCAAGAAAGCUAAAGAGGAAGCUGCAGCCACCACCAAACAAGGUAAUGUGGCCCAGAGUGCAUCACAGUCCAAGACCUGUGUCAUCACCUAGAUGUCAAACUCCAGAAAAACAGACAAAUGCACGUCAAUGUAAUCAUAAUUUGAUCCACUUUCAUAAUUUUGUCUGCAGGAUGUCCUCUCACACUAUUAUUACACAAGCCCAGAGUUUAUAGUUAAAGAAAACCAUUUAGUGAUAGAAAAAGACUGGUUUCUUGUAAUAUCACAGAAUGGUGACACCAGGGUUGAGAUUAUGUCUUUAACAAACCUGUGCAGAUUAGGCCACUCAUAUAUACUAAAUAACAUACAGUUGUUGACAUUGAAAAUCUGGAUUUGAAAAUCAAAUUUAAUCCUGGAAAUAAAAAAACUCUAGGAUUUCAUUUUCUAAUUUACUUGAAAAUGUCCCACAAAUUUUUCCUAUUGGCCAUGUUAGCUUCUUUUUAUGAAAAAGAUUUUCUUGCUUCCAUUGAAGCACACAACAUACUCUUUGUAACAUUUUCAAAUCAUACUGUGUAAAUAUAUAUACUAAUAUAAUUUACACUCACUGAGCACUUUAUUAGGAACACUAUGGUCCUAAUAAAGUGCCUGACAUGGUCUUCUGCUGUUGUAGCUUAUCCGCCUCAAGGUUUGAAUUAUAUUCUUCUCACCACAAUUGUAUAGAUUGGCUAUCUGAGUUACAGUAGCCUUCCUGUAAGUGAACCAGUCUGGCCAUUCUCCGUUGACCUCUCUCCUUAACAAGGCAUUUUAUUUUGUUUUUGGGACCAUUUGGAGUAAAUUCUAGAGACUGUUGUGCAUGAAAAUCCCAGGAGAUCAGCAGUUACAGAAAUACCCAUCUGGCACCAACAAUCAUGCCAUGGUCCAAAUGACAUUUUUCCCCAUUCUGAUGGUUUAUGUGAAUAUUAACUGAAGCUCCUGAUCUGUAUCUGCAUGAUUUUAUGCAUUGUACUGCUGCUACACGAUUGGCUGAUUAGAUAAUCGCAUGGAUGAUUGUUGGUGCCAGAUGUGCUGGUUUGAGUAUUUCUGUAACUGCUGAUUUCCUGGGAUUUUCAGGCACAACAGGCUCUAGAAUUUACUCCAAAUGGUGCCAAAAACAAAAAACAUCCAGUUAGGGGCAGUUCUGUGGAAGGAAAGGCCUUGUUGAUGAGAGAAGUCAAUGGAGAAUGGCCAAACAGGUUUGAACUGACGAAAUCUACGGUAACUCCGAUAACCACUGUGGUGAGAAUAAUAGCAUCUCAGAAUGUUUUUGCUGCAAGAGGGGGACCUACACAAUAUUAGGCAUGUGGUUUUAAUGUUGUGGCUGAUCGGUGUAUACUAAUAUAUAGAAGUUCUAAUAGUAAUAGGAAAUAAAAAUGUUCGAUUCACAUUUUCCUAAGUUGUUACGUUGAUAAUUUGUAUCAAAGUAAAUAAAUGCUAAAUAGAAUGUGUAGAAUUCCGAGUUUUUCGGACUCCACUAUACAUAGUGAACAAACAGAGUGUAGUAUGUAUACAGGUGAAAAAUACAUAUUACAAUUUUAUGCUAUUAAUAUUAAUAUGUAGCAAUGCAUAAAUAAAAGAUCAAA